AUGCCAUCCUCACCACCGCUCCAAGACCCCCGACCCAAACCCAAACCCAAACCCCCUCAUCGAGCCUCCGAAACCGAAGAAGAAAGAGCUGCUCGCCACCGCGCACAUCAUGAAAAACGACGUCAAGAAAGGAGGUCCACUCCCCGAUACGAUGAUUCCGAGCGGGGAGAUAGGAAGAACGAGAGAGGUGAUAGGGGAAAGAGUGAUAAAACCGAGAAAGAAGAAAAACAAGGACUUUUCAGUAAGAGUCGAAAGAGUAUUGGGAGGGGAAUUAUGGCGUUGGGGAAAUGUGUGGCGGGGAAUGGGGUUGGAGAUGGAGAUGGAGAUGCAGAGGAGAAGGGGAGGAGGGAAGAGAGAAGGGAUGUUGGUGAUGGUAGAAAGGGUGAGGAUGAGGAGUAUAGGAGGAGACGAAGGAGACGACGUAGUAGUGUGGGGGAAGAUGAUUAUGAGGAGAAGAGAAAUAGAGAUAGAGGUGAUGGGGAGAGGAAAGCUCGAGUUGAUGCUAAAUUUCCUGCGCCAGAAGACAGACCAAGAACCGAGCGAGAUAGAGAUACGAGGGAGGGAGAACCUCGUAAAACUACACCCCUAGCUAAAUCAUCACCCUCGCUCCCUCCUAAAACCCUAUCUCCCACAGCAAAAGAAAAAGAAGCCCAAAUCCUCGCAAGAGAAUUCGAAGAACGCAAUCUCGCCGAAGCAAAAAAGCUACACAUCGCCCAACGAGCCCGCGAAGAACGCACCAAAGAGGAACAAGAGAGGAAAGCCCAAGUUCUCUCAGCCGAGAAAGCUCAAAAAGAGAAAGAAGAACGCGAUCGUAUCUCACGAGAAACCCUCUUACUCCAGCGCGAAAAGGAAAAGGAAAAAGAAAAAGAAAGAGAAAGAGAAAGAGAAGAAAAUCUCCGUCGCGAAUCCAUCCGUAAAACCACCGAAGAGCGACUCGCGCGGGAGAAGAAAGAACAAGAGAGAAAUCUGACUCUCCAAAAAGAACGAGCCGAAAAAGAACUUCGAGCUCGAGAGCAAGAAAACACUCGACGCAUGCAAAAAGAACGAGCGGAAAGAGAACAUCAAGCACAACUUGCGCGAGAAGAAAAGGCACGUCAAGAUCGAGAACGAGAAAAAAUAGAGCAAGAGCGAAAACGUCAAGAAACUCUCCAUCUCCAACAAAAACAACAAGAACUCGAAGCCCACCGGCAACGUCAAGCACAAGCACAAGCACAAGCCGAAGCCCUCCGCAAAGCCGAAACUGCCCAUCUCCUCAAACUCAAACUCAAACUCCAACAACAAAAACUCCAAGCCCAACGCGCCGCUCAAGAAGCCGAAAUCGCAGCUGCAGCUGCUCGGAAAAAAGCAGACGCAAAAGCACAGGCAGACGCAAGAGCAAAAGAGAAACUCGCCGCGCAAAACCAUCUCGCCGCCCAACGGCUCGCGCUCACCCUCGAGAAACAGCGCGUCAAAGCGCAAGCGCAAGCGCAGGCGCAGGCCCAGGGCGGCGCCGCAAAAACCCUCACGCCCGCCAAUCUCCUCGCGGUACCCCAGCAACUGCAAGCCCAGCCCCCGAAAUGCAUCGGAAACAUGGAGCGGACCAUCCUCGAAGGCUACGUGCCGAUGAGCAGCGCGGAGCUCCUGGCGCGGGAUAUCGCGCUGGGAGUGGUGGUGCCGCCCCGACCCGUGCGGUGUAUUGGGAAUAUGGAGCGGACGAUUUUGGAGGGGUAUGUGCCGAUGAGUGAGGAGGAGAUGAGGAGGAAGAGGGAGGGGAGGUGA